GGCACCGUUGUCACUUUGCUCUCAGACUCAGAGACAAUCACACACUCUCACUGGACACACACACACACACACACACACUCUUGGACACACACACUCCUCGGGGACAUACUGAUUAUCCGGAGACAAGAAGGUACUUCACGUCCUGCUGGAUUCUGCCGUGGGUUGGUGGGUCUUCCCGGACUGAAACAGAAGAAGGAGAAAGACUCCUGAAACACCAAGUCCAGCUCAGAGCCAGAAGACUCUACUUUUUUGGGAGGGUGGUGAAGUUAUCAUUAACUGCUGCCUAGCCAUGAGGAUCUUCAGCUUGUUCUACCUGCUCCUGCUGCUGCUCGUAGCCGCUCUAGCACCAGUCUCCUCCGCCAGACCAGAUUUCCUGAACCUGAGGAGAAAAUACCACAGGCACCACUGCCCGCACAGACGCUGCUUGCCCCUGCACUCCAGAGUACCCUUCCCCUAAGGUUGAAGCACAAGAAUGAGCCUAAAGAAAGAGGAAUAUGAAGCAGCGUACACCGUGGGACUGCCAUAGCUGCCCAAAAAGAGCUACAAGAAACUGAAAAGACUCUUAAUUGAAAAAUAUAAAACCAUGCAAACGUUUUGGGCGUCCCGGUGGAUCCACACCUUCCCCUCUUCAUCCUCGAAAAAGCCACAGAACCCGUGCGCUGAACAAGAACAAAGGGAGAAGGAGCUGCAAGUUCGACGAUCGACUUAAAAAGCUACGGACCAAAGAGCUGCAAACAUCCUAGUGACUGCAGCUACGAUGAACAGCAUCAACAUAUUAUUCCUACAAAGUGUUUAUAAUGCAUGUAUGCACUUCAAAUGUUUAUUGAAUUACAUUUAAAACUUUUUAAUAAAAACAAAUGUAUCAAUGUA